GAGGCACAGCAUCAUUAGCACUACAACAUCUAUCUAUCUAUCUGUCUAUCGGUCUGUCUGUCUUUGCUCUCUGUGAAAGACGACAGAUACUAAACCCUGAUUUACUCUGCAAUAUCUUUUUACGUCCCUAAGUGCCGCUGUUGAUUGGUGUGAGGAAAAUAAGACCAUUUUCUAUAGCAAAGACCUCCCUUCUCUGUCUGCGUGUUAGAGCUCUAUUUUGAUCGGAAGUGGUUGUACAAAGACACUCCGCGGAUAAGCUCGCCACAAAAUAUUUUCACACGGUGGUGUUUUUGUCAAUCCAUUUUGAUUUUAUAUGUUUGUUUUUUUUCAUGAUGGGUGAGGUUUUCAUAUUUUCAUGGAAGCUGCUGUUUCUCUGUAUCGCACAAGUCACCGUCGGUCAUGUCCGUUAUUCCAUACCUGAGGAAAUGGCGACGGGCUCCCUUGUCGGGAACAUCAUUCAGGACUUGGGCUUGGAUAUUAAACGGCUGAAAUCUGGGAAAGCCAGGAUAUUUACCGAGGACGGCAGUGAGUACGUCGGUCUUAAUUUGGAUAAAGGUACUCUUAUAGUUAACAAGAGGAUAGAUAGAGAGGAGCGGUGCGGGCUAGUGUCUCCUUGCUCUCUGCAUUUUCAAAUAAUACUGGACAAUCCUAUGGAGCUUCACCGCAUCGAUGUUGAAAUCCUUGACAUUAAUGAUAAUGCUCCUUUUUUUGCCAAGAGAGAAAUGAGUUUUGAAAUUAGUGAAUUAGCUGUAAAGGGAGCGCGUUUUUCUCUUGACAGCGCCAGAGACCCGGACGUUGGGUUGAAUACUCUCCAAACGUAUAAACUCAGUCCUACAGAUCAUUUCAAAUUAAAUAUGCUAUCUCGACCUGACGGAACUAAAUAUGCUGAAAUGGUACUCCAGACGUUGUUAGAUAGAGAAAAUCAAGAAGAACAUAAACUAACACUAACAGCUUAUGAUGGCGGCGAUCCUCCUAAAUCAGGGUCUGUCAGAAUUAACAUUAUUGUAAUGGAUGCAAAUGACAAUGCACCUGUGUUCAGCCAGUCACUUUACAGAGUGACAGUUCCUGAGAACGCGUCAAAGGGUACUGUCAUUUUAAAAGUUAGUGCCACGGAUGCUGAUAAGGGAACAAACGGUGAGCUCGUUUAUUCCUUCUCUCAAAAUAGUGACGUGACAUCUUCUAUGUUUAAUAUAGAUUCCCAUACAGGUGAAAUAACUGUGGGAGGUGAGUUAAAUUACGAAAAAGUAAAACAUUAUGAAAUUGAUGUAGACGCUACAGACAAAGGAGGGUUGAGAGACACGAGUAAGGUGCUCAUUGAAGUGACUGAUGUAAAUGAUAAUGCCCCUGUCAUAAGUAUAAUUUCCCUCUCUAAUCCUAUACCAGAGGAUUCGGCUCCAGAUACUGUUAUUGCUAUGCUCAAUAUCAAAGACUUAGACUCAGAUAAAAAUGGCCAAGUUAAGUGUUUCAUUAGCCCAGAUUUACCUUUCAAAAUCAAGUCAUCAUCGACUAAUUUCUAUAGUCUGGUAUCUGAUGACGUUUUGGACCGUGAAACGACGCCAGAAUAUAAUAUAACAAUAAGAGCAAUAGACGAGGGCUCCCCACCUUAUUCAACAAACAAAACUAUUAAUUUAAGAAUAUCAGACGUAAACGACCACGCCCCAAUGUUCCCACAGCCAUUUCUUAACGCUUUCAUCACUGAAAAUAACUCACCUGGCAUGUCAGUCCUCUCUGUCAAAGCCACUGACAAAGACUCUGGUAACAAUGCGCGCAUUUCCUAUUUCCUUGAGGAUAGCCAGUUGAGUGGGAUGUCAGCCUCAGCUUAUUUUUCAGUGAAUGCAGAGAGUGGAGAGAUACUUGCUGUGCGUUCCUUCGACUAUGAGCAAACAAAAGAGUUUAAUAUUCGAGUCAAAGCUCAGGAUGGAGGCUCUCCUCCACUGAGUAGCAACGUGACUGUGAAAAUUUUGAUCCAGGACCAGAACGACAACCACGUAGGAGGCACCGGUACUUUGAAGCAAGCGUUCAGUUACGAGGUGUACGGAACUGCUGACUCCCGGAGGAGUGAUAUGAAGUACUCUCAACCCUUCAGUCAGAGCACUCUGAGUGUUGACCAUAGUGCUACCAGGACAGUGCCAAGGCAUAAAACAGGGUCUGAGAAUAUGCUCACGGAGCCCAAUGUUGCUUAG